AUUUCUUUCAGAUGAUAGAGCACCUUCUUUAAAGGUUCAUCUGGAACAAUGAAGACUCUUAGACCCAUAUGUUUUCUUGUUUUCUUCAGCUACGUUCAAUGUCAAACUCUUCAGAGAAGUUUACUAGCUGCAGCCUUGCGCCACAUUAAUAGCCCAAAUUAUCUGCAGGAGAACUUAAGAGACAUCGCCAGGAUUAUGGUUGCUCAGUUUCUUCAGAAAUUAACUUAUGAAGAAGUACAAACCAUAGUUGAAGAGUUGGUAGAUCUUGCAGAGAAGUGCAAGAUCCUGAAGGCACAUGAGUCACUGUCAGAAUGCUCUCACCAAUUGAUGACUACCUUCCUAGAGCACAUUUGUAAUAACCAAGGAAAGGCUGACAAACAGAAGUUUUCUGACUGUUGCAAUAUAAAUAACAAAGCAAGACUCAAGUGCUUCCUAUUAUACAAAAAAGAUGAUGCAGAUUACAGUGACAUAUUCCAAAUUCCAAAUCCUGAGCAGAUCUGUGAGAUGGACAAAGUGAAUCAAGUGUCAGUGAAGGAGAGGUACAUUUAUGAAACGUCUCAAAAGCAUCCAUUCUUGUAUGGACCCACUAUUCUGACCAUGUCUGCUUGCUAUGAAACAGCUAUUCAGUCAUGUUGCCAAGAAGAAAAUAAAACUGAAUGCUUCCAGAUAAAGCUAGAACCCAUCAGAAAAUACGUUAGAGAAAUAUCUUUGAGGCAUCACCAUUUAUGUGAAAUUGGGAUUAAAUUCAACCACAAAGUAGCCAAAGCAGUGGAAUUGGUUCUGCUGACUAAAAAACAACCCAAAGCUGACUUUUCUGAAAUUGCCAGGCUGGCCGUGGAUAUUAAAAAUCUGCAUCAGACGUGCUGUGAAGGAGAUGUAGUAGCAUGUGUACUUGGCAGGAGCUGA